GACCACCACAGUAUAAAGAUGGCAUAUACAAAUAUGUGGAUAUUUUUAAACAUCCUGACUUCUCUGCACUACCUCACGAAAGCCUGUACUCCAUCAUACAGCGAUUCGAUACAGAUAACAGCUUUCUCAGGAGGGUCUGUGCUGCUGCCCUGCUCCUGUACCGACCCACAGGACAAGCCCAAAAGCGUCUUCUGGGAAUCCAACAGCAAAAGAGCUUCUAAAGAUCGCAUUUAUACCGAUAUAUAUAGUGUGUUUGAGCUGUACAGUGGCAGAAUUACACUGUUUAAUCAGACUUCACCUGGAAACGUCUCGCUGCUUCUGUCAGACCUGACCAAAGAUGAUCAGGGAUCGUAUGUCUGUUUGUUAGAUAAAACAUCCAGAUUCUAUAAUGUCACCAUCGAAGAGAGAUGUGUAGAUACAGCAUCUUCUAAACCGAGUCUCAGCAGUGUGUGGAUCUUUGUGCUGUUCAUUGUAAUAUCAGCAGGAGGAGCCGCUGCCAUUUGCUCCAUUAGAGCUCACAGAAAAGCAAAAACAGAGUCUGGAGAAAUAAAUGGAGAAAACAAUUUGGACGAUUCAACAUACUGUACUCUGCAGAAAAAAUAUGAUGCUGAGGAAAUGUAUGGAACUAUCGGGAACAGAUCAAAGCAAUAGUAGAAUGUCAGGUUUGCUGUGAAAUUUGCCUUAAUAAACCCUGUUUGCAACUCAACAUUAAAUAACUAAUUGAUUGUUUAAAAAAGCAUUUGCUAAAUACACACAUGUGAAUGUUACGCUUCUGUUAUAUUGUACAUUUACGCAUUUAUACAAUUCCAGACAUUCACUGAGUAUUUCUGUUGACAGAACAAGAAGUCAUGUUGUAUUGCAUUAUUUUUUUUACGUUCUCUUGGCGUCAUUUAGGUCUAUUACAAUAUUAUCAUGUCCAAAAUUAAAAAGGAAAGCACAUUCCUUACGUUAGUUAAUUUAUGUUAGGUAUUUAUCUGCUUUACAAACAUCUGAUUUACAAACAAACAAAACAUGAUUAGCCAUGGUAUCAUUUCAUACAGCAGGUUUGGUCUCUAAAAAAAAAGGCCUGCCCUCGGAGGCGUGGCGGAAUAAACAUUCCUAAGCAUGCAGAGCAUUGCGCUAUAGCUUCUACUUCUCACAGUGACAAGCAGCAUUUCAACUAGUUUAAAACUCACAAAAUGGCAGAGGCAGCUAGAUGUGUAAGUAUGAAUUCUUGACUAUUCAUAUUUAUAUUUAACAUUUCGACUCAAAACUCAAAAUGGAAACAUAUUUUUGUUUGAAUUUUAUUUACGUUUUAAUUGAACGUUGUAAAUAAAUGAAACAUCGCACAGUCACAAUUUUGUCCAAG